CUUUCCCAACGCUAGAUGACUCGAUUUCGUCUCGGUCUUCCCCUGCCGGCUGGGCAGAGGCACCAGGAUCAGACAGACACAUUCCCUGUGGACGGCGCUCCCAUCGGAUGACUGGAGGGACUGGACACCAGGCGCAGGCAGUACUUCAGGGUGACCAUAAAUCUCCCAAACAUCCACAACGGCUCGCUCUCUCAGCUAAGGCGACAGCGCUGCCAUUUUGGAUCCUGUUCAGCCGCGCGAAGCCGGCGUUUGCACAGAUUUUCUGACGUCAUAUUAAGGCGCACCGGGCGCGCAGACUUCUGGGAGAUGAAGUCCUUGCGAAGGCAGCGCAUUGAUUGGGAGCGCGGGAGCCAGGACCCUUUGCGCAGGCGCGUUGCUUACCCGACCUGAAGAGGCGCCGUCUUCCCGGGUCCCGAGCACUCUGUGCCGGAGGACUCUGCCCUUGUCUACAGGGAGAGCACACAGGAAAGAAUGGCUGCUGUGUCUCCGACCACCAGAUGCCAGGAAUCAGUGACAUUCGAAGACGUGGCUGUGGUUUUCACAGAUGAAGAGUGGAGUCAUCUGGUCCCCAUACAGAGGGACCUCUACAAGGAGGUGAUGCUGGAGAACUAUAACAGCAUCGUGUCAUUGGACUGGAAAACUAAGCCUGAGAUUCAUGAUGCUUCAGACGAAAAAUCAGAAGGAUCAUUGAGGGAAUGCCUUGGAAGGCAAAGUCCUCUGUGUCCUAAAUUUGAAGUUUAUGCACCCGAUGGCAGGAUGGGAACAGAAAAGCAAAGCCCUUCAGGGGAGACUCGUAAGAAAUCUCUCUCCCGGGAGAAAGGCGUGCGGCGAGGGUCAGCCCUGCCCAGGGAAGUUCUCACUAAAGAGAGACACCAGGAAUGCAGUGACUGUGGGAAGACCUUCUUUGACCACUCAUCCCUCACCCGCCAUCAGAGGACUCACACUGGGGAGAAGCCCUACAGCUGCCGUGAGUGUGGGAAAGCCUUCAGCCACAGGAGCAGCCUCAGCAGACAUCUGAUGUCGCACACCGGGGAGAGCCCCUACGAGUGCAGCGUGUGCGCAAAAGCCUUCUUCGACCGCUCGUCCCUCACUGUCCACCAGCGAAUCCACACCGGAGAGAAGCCCUUUCAGUGCAGCGAGUGUGGGAAAGCCUUUUUUGACCGUUCGUCCCUUACUCGACACCAGAGAAUUCACACUGGAGAAAGUCCUUAUGAAUGUCAUGAGUGUGGGAAAGCCUUCAGCCAGAAAAGCAUUCUUACUCGCCACCAGCUAAUCCACACUGGCAGGAAGCCGUACGAGUGUAACGAGUGCGGGAAAGCUUUCUAUGGGGUCUCGUCACUGAACAGACAUCAGAAGGCUCAUGCCGGGGACCCUCGCUAUCAGUGUAACGAGUGUGGCAAAGCUUUCUUUGACCGCUCAUCCCUUACGCAGCAUCAGAAGAUCCACACUGGAGACAAGCCAUAUGAAUGCAGCGAGUGCGGGAAAGCCUUCAGCCAGCGGUGCCGGCUCACGCGGCAUCAGCGCGUCCACACGGGAGAGAAGCCCUUUGAAUGCAGCGUGUGUGGGAAAGUUUUCAGUUCAAAAUCUUCCGUUAUUCAGCAUCAGCGGCGUUACGCCAAGCAGGGAAUAGACUGAGUUGGGUGAAAGCUUGGGUGGGACAAGAACUUCCAUACAAAUUCGAGAUAGGUCUCCCCUGUCUUAAACAAAGCUGCCAUUUGCUCAUUCUACCCACCCUGGCUGCUGCUGUCCUGGCCUGCUU